AUGAAUUAUAAACUUAUUAGAUAAACUAAGUCAGCAUAAAAAACCCCAUCAUAAGUUACAUAAUAAAAAAAUCUAGAAUAAGUUUACAUUAAAAGACUUUAAGAAUAGGAGGCCUUUAUGCCUAAAGAUGUUUAUAUCUAGAAACAUAAGAGUAUGCAUUAAAUUAUGAAUAAUUAAUAAUAAUAACCUUUGAGAUAUUAUUCACAUAUAAAUGAAAUUAGAUCUAUUAAAGAAUUCAUCUAUGUUUCAGAAAAGUUAAAAUAAAAAAAUAUAGAACGAAAAAUGCAAGAAAGAUUAGAACUUAAAGGCAAACUGAAUUAAAUCAAGUAAAUAGAAAUUGGAAAAAAAAUAUAAUAUUAUAUUGAAAGAAAGAUAAGAUUAUUUAUAAAGGAUAGACAACAUGAAGAAAGUAUUAACAUAUAUAUAUUAAGAUCCAUAAAAUAAGUCUUUUGAAGCUUUUUAUUAAUUUUAUAGUAAUGAUCCUAAAUUAAAAAGUUUUGAAAAAGAAAAACUACUUUCUGAAUUUAAUAGAUUAUCAUCCUAAGUUUUGAAUGUUCCUGUUAGUAAAUCAUAACAUACAAAAAUUGCAAUUUCUCCUCCCCCUAAAGAGAUUUAUUAAAAUGUAAUAAAUUUAUUUAUUAUCUAUAUUAGCUGGAAGAUAAUGAACCUACUUAAAAUGAAGAAGAAAAUGGAACUAGCAAAUUUUUAACUAUGAAAGCUGCUAAUCGGCUAUUAGGAUUAAUGAUGAUUGAAAGUAGUAAAGGAAAGAGAACUCCUAUUGUGUGGGCUCUUAAUAAAAAGAAGGAACUAUAAGAAUUACUUAAUAAACCAUUUGGAGGCAAAAUGAAUUUCACAAUGAAUGCCUUUAAUUGGUUAAUAGAUAAUGCUAUUUAAAAAAGUUAAGUCUAUAUUAAUAAAAAUUAAAUUGUUGAAUAAAAAAGUGUAGAUCCUAAAAUAAUUAAUUAAUAAAUUGAAAAAGGUCUUGGAAAUAUUAAAAGAACUUUAAAUUAAAGACCUGCUAGUUCAAAUAUUGUCAGAAAUUGUUAAUAAUUAAAACAUAGAAAUGAUGUAGCACAAGAAUAUUGUAUUUCAGAACGUGUUAAAUAAAAUGUCAUUUAAUAAAAAAUGAGAAAUCAAAAAUUAUAGGAAUAAUCAAAAAUUUAGAAAAGCUAUCUAUCAAACGAUUCUUAUGUUAAUCACUAUAUUUGA